CAUCCAUAGUAACCUCCGGAAAUGAUGAAAAAAUGCACGCCCCCCCAGUGCAGGAAAGAUGAUGAUGAUGAUGAUGAUAUAAACAUUUUUAUGGAGUGAAGGACUCAGGAUCGGUAUCCGAUCGGGCUACAACAAGGUCAGGUAAGGUCGUAUGCCAGACGAGCACGACCACGAGUCGGGUACUAGGUAGUAUAUCUGUACCCAUGUAGCAGGGUCUUUUAGUGUGUUCCCUAGCAGCCCGAACAAAAAAGAUAAACACGCAUCACAAACCAUGACAGCCGGCGGCGGCCCCCGGCUGAUCCCGAAGGUGCACACGCACCGGAUCGCCAAGGCCCGCUCCGCCAACGAUGUGGUCAACCAAACAUCACAAGCCUCCGCAAGAGGACCACUUCCCCAGCACGACCAACAUCAAGACCCGACGAACUAUCAACUCGACCGCACCACCUCCAGUCUGAAAGAUUCCAACCCGAUGAACAACAGUUGUCUUCCGCAAAACCCGAACUCCUACCUCCAAAUGGGCCACCAGCACUUCGACUACACGGACGAGUGGCCGGAGGUGGAGGUGACGGUGCACGUGCUGGAUUGUUCUGGCUUAAAUCUAGCGCUUUCCUCCUUUGACUUGGAUUUCGUCGUGAUUCUCGACUGGCUCGACUUCCAACUGGUGGAGAACGAACACUUUGGGUAUGACACGAGAAACGGGCGGUUUCACUUGCUGGAAUCCGUGUUACACGACCCGGAUUUCUUCAAUCCGACGGUCCGAGUGGAUAACGGCGUGGCGAUUGAGUUGAUUGACGGCGACUCGGAUAAGUAUUUCAACUUGAUGAUGUUAUUGUUUGUCAAUUUUAUCUGCAUCGCAUUCGCAAACGCAAGGCAAUCUGUGUUGCAUAGCCGUGCAUGACAACUUCGCAAACAAAUCCCCUUCAUCAGGUUCCCGAAAAUCAAGCGUCUCCUCUCCACCACCAAACCCAACGGUCUCCAGGGUAACUGCGAGGUUCCCUGGCUCUCCAAGUGUCUCCGCUUCAAGGGCACGCUGGUCUGCAUGGACAUUGACGCCGCUUGGUUCCCACUCGACGUGCUGAAACUCCGGAUCAGGCUGGUUUCUGACUUCCUCAAAGGAACGACUUCCAUGGGGAGGAGAAGACGAGUGAAAUUAAUCGACCCGCUACUCCGCGUCGCGUACAAAAAUAGCAGCUCGAACAAUAACUCCUCAAAGUACACCGCGAAGUGGAGCCGGAAAAUUUCCCCCCAUUCCUGGCCGUCCAACGCGAUGACGCUCGGCGAGAUGUGUGUGACGGGUUUUGGCGGGUGUGACUGCGAGGACAUCGCGUACCAAUUCGACAUUUUGCUCACCAGACGGUGGAAACGGUACUGGUUUGACUUCCUGAUCCAGGGGCUGCAGGUCGUCUCCGCCGCGUUUUCCCUCUACGUCCCCUUCAGCUAUGACGCCGGGUCCGAUACUUUGCCGAACCGGUUGUCGAUCACGUUGACAGUGAUCUUGACCCUAGUCGCGUUCACAAUCGAGCGGCCCUCGGUGAUCGAAUCUUUACCGUACCCGACGUUGCACGAUCAGUACGAGAGAAUCAUGGUGGCGAUCGUUGCUUUGGUCGGGAUUGAAAACGUCAUCGUGUUCCAAACCUGCAUCGGCGCAUUCCCGAAAUACUUCUCCGACCCCUACAACAACGACGCACCCUUGCCGGAUCCGCCGGAAUUGUGCCGAGUCGGGUUCUGCGGCGCAUCGAACAUCGACUGUCUUUGUUUCGUCUCCGUUGUAACAGCAGUGGUGCUCGUCUCUCUAGUCUUGCUCUUCUGGGGCCAGUUUUACCGGAUCCGGGAGGUCUUGCGGGUGCAUAGGAGUCUGCACGAGUUUGAGUGGGAGUCUUUUACCCGGAUGUCUGACCACUGUGUCCGGAUGUGCCAGACGUUCGAGGGGUUCGACAAGAAGAUCUGGCGAAGGCAGAUUUGCGAAAUCUCCGCGGUCGACGCGCAAAUGUUGCGGGUGAGACCGGAUUUUGUGAAACGAACGGAGCAGAACUACAAUAACAGCGGGAGUUCCUCAAUGAAUCACGGGAUGAACAGCUUGACAAACGACGUCACUUUUGACGAUUUACCAGAAUCAGCGGAAGAAGAAAAUAACAACAACUUCAUGUCUACUUCCAGUAAGUAUCAGCUUUCCGGCGCUGUUGCAAACGCGAUGGGGACGAUGGAUAAUACUGACAGAAUUUCGAACAACCUAGAAUGGUACACGUGGAACAGCCCGCAGGCGUUGCACUUCUCCAAUAUGCAAGAAAAAAACUGUGUGAGUGUAACUUUGUAAUGCAGAACAUGCAACAGAGUUACAUCUGUCAUGCCAGACAACCACGAAGUCCUCUUUUCAGCUUUGUUUUCCCUUACAAGCCAUGCAUAACAGGUUUUCUCUGUCAUGUAGAGCAAACUUGUGAUGCUGUCAGCCAAAGAAAGUUACACUAACACAGUUUUUUUAUUGGAUAUCCAACGGUCUGGAAGUAAUGCCGGGAGACGCAAUUCGAAUGCUGAACCCGGCGGAGGAAGCGGACUAUCGGCGGAAGGAGAAGAACAAAUCUAGGCCUAGUCAACAGUAUCAAAUGUAAAAAUGUCUGGGUCUGGAAGAAUGCAACUUGUAAUGCGUAUUUCAGAACACAGAAAAGCCUCUCAUGCAUACGUAGCAAAAGCUCCCACUUUUUGUCAGCAAAAUAGGGGACUUGUCAUGCGGAUUCGGCAUUGCGGGAGGUUCUUGAAACCUGUGAUGCUAGAGCUUUCAUGCCAGACCUUCUGUGUCAUGCAAAAACAGCAUGACUCUUCCAGACCCAGACAUUUUUACAUUUGAUAAACAAGGGUUCUUCCAGCGCAGCUUGACGUCGUUGGCGACCGGGUAUCUGUCAACCGGAAAUAAUGAGACGCCCGAGAAGAAAUCAAAGAGCAAGAAGAAAAACGCCGACUCGUCCCCAGCGAAAAUCAAAAGGAGAAAAUCCUCCUCCUCCGCGGUUUGGGCGGUGGGGAACAAAUAUGCAUUGCAAAAGUAUCGUACUCGUAUAAAUGCAUUACAAAUUUCCUCAGCAUGAGAAACAAAAUCUGCAAUGCAGACAGACCUUAAGAAAAAAACUUGUAAUGCAUGACUGCCAUACGACUGCGAUACUUUUGCACAGGAUAACAAAGUCGACAGCUCCUCGGAUGUGGUCAUUGUGAACCAGGAAGACUCGCCGAAUUCCCAGUCCAGCGUGUUAGUCGAGAUCCGUACGAUAGUGCACAACUCCCCCUCCCCCUCAUUUGUCAUGCAAAAUACCAAAUCCACCCUUUCCCUUUGCCUCUUGGCACUUUUCGCAUGACAGGUUCUGGGGGAAGCUCAAGCAGCACUAUAGAUCCUUGGCCAAUUUGCCAUGCAAAAGCUGUACUCUUGCCGGCGCUUGUAUUGCUGUUUAUGCCAUACAAAUGAAGGGGAGGGGGAGUUGUGCACUCUCAUAAUCCGCUCAUUGAACCACGAGCGGUUGAUUCUCUGCGGGACCGAAGCGCUGUUUCCGGAGGAAAUGCGGGAUUUGGAGGACAUCGUGGAGGCGGUUUCGAUUGUCCCCUUCAGCAAGUACUUUGCGCAGUCCUGGCUGAAGUGGGUGUUGUCGAAAGAGAGACAGAGCUUCUUGUCCAAAUGCGAACUGCAAGCGGCGGUGAAAGAACUCGCCAGGAUAGAGGACGACGUGGAGUACAACCGGAAAAAGCAGGCGUUGAUGAAGAAUUCCAGGUUGUCCGUCAUCUCGCUGGAUCACACCGCGGGAUUAGGUUGUGCGACCCACCCACGGUUUUUGGAUUCUUCCGCCUCUCAUUUAGACAACUUGGACGACGAAAAUUCCGACCCGAGCCGGAAGAAAGUCACUUUAGGUGAUCCGCACGACCAGGUCUAUGUGGUGGACGUCGGGACUGGGGAGAUAGGAUUUUACGUCUUUUGGCGGGAUUCGGAAACUGAGGAGGUUCGGUCGAAGGUUUUCCCCAAAUGGAGCUACCCGAGCAAAUCGGACUUCGUCCGGACGUUUUUCAAGGCGGGGAGUGGAAAAAGGCAGUUUGCGCAGCUGCUGAUGGAGAAUUUUGAAUUGGAGCCGAGCGGGCUGAUGAGCAUGACGAUGACCAGUGGCAUGAACAUGAUGAUGCCGAAAGUGAACAGCCGGCCGUCGCAAGUGAUAGCGAAGGAACCGUCAUUGCCAGUGAUCAACGUCGUGAAGCCGAAAGAGGAUACUAUGACAGUCGAAGAUUUCGACAAAGACGUGAAAGACAACUCCACGAAGACAAAAAUCAGCAACAAAGAUCAACAUGACAAGAGCAACUCUGUUCCGGGUUUCGUCGUCGAUUUGACGAAAGACGAGGCCAGCGCAGCAGACUCCCCGGACGAUGGGCCGGAGAUUGAGCAUUCCACUUCCACGGAGAUCGGGCAGCAAACCGGAGCGGCCAACAGUUCGGCGUCGGAAUCCGUUUCUGUCAGCGAGCAGGAAAAUCUUCAAAAUGCAGCGGGAGUUGUUGUGCUGCCAGGCGGCUCGCAGAAGCGAUCGAGCCAGGGGAUUGUUUUACCUCCAGUCUUCCCGCAAGCCGGGCUAGCACCAGCGGUGAUAGAAACGCCUGCUGUUGUUUCGAAAGAACACAACUCACAGCCUACCAUUUCCGUUCUAGAACAGUCCCAGUCCUUCCCAACCGGGAUCUUUUCUGGCACAGGUCAACAGCAACAGAAUUCCACCUCCUCCUCUCGCGUCCGAAUCUACAUCGGUUUCACCGGCCGCAACCGCGACUACUUACUUAACCACCCCGACGAGAAGGAAGAUUUGGACCAGUGGCUGCAGGGGGUACAGCGGUUACUCCGCGACGAGUUCCGGAUCGACCAAUUAGUCGGCAGGUUGAAUUUCCUGGACUUCCUCUCCACCAGGAUGGGCGCCAAAACCGAAGCCGCUUACGAAUUGACCGCGACGCAAUUCUUACUCCAAAACGGAGACCUCGACAUGGAUCUCAUCAACAUUCCGAAGGGCCCAAAGGAUACGCGCUUCGCGUUUCUGGAACUCAAAUCCUGCAUCGAAUCGAUCUUCGCCGACGGGCCGGAAAGGAACCGGCUGAGCUUCUGGCGAGAGAAGUAUUUACACGAGUUCAAGGAUUUCGGAAUGGAGAGGUCGGAUUUAGAACACUUGUGGUUGAUCGCGUUGGAAAAAACAGGGUUUGAAACGCCGACGACGCCGAAGGACAGAGAAAGACUGAUUUUAUCUCUCCUCCAGUCGUUACUGGAUGAGCCGAUGUUUCUCCGGGCGAUGACACGGGCGAGGCUGUUUUGCGGAACUCUAUCCGCUGGUGGUGGGAGUUGCCAGGUCACCUGUCAGCCACAGGCGGGGAGGACGGAAGUGACGUAUGGAAGUAUUCCGUUUGGAAACCGGACGAGUUAUUCGGGGAGUGAGGGGGUUUACGGUAAUGGAUUGUUUUACUACAUUUGAUGCUCUUAGCAUGUAGAAGUUGUUCUGUCCAUGGUCUGUCGCUUUGGAGUGUCUUAUGUGGUCUUCCGGAGUUUCAAAAACAAAUGAAAAUUUCAGGUCUCUGCAAUCCUGUCUGGGACAAGCACUGCUCCACCGUCACCACUAUGCAUUGCAAAAGUAUCGCACUCGUAUAAAAUAACCAAGUCUUGCAUUACAAGGUGAAUCAGCAUUACAAAUUUUAUUUCUCAUGCUAAGGAAAUUGCAUUUAUUAUACGAAUGCGAUACUUUAUUUGCAGUUCAUAACCACCGAGAUGCUCCACGAUUGGGCGAAAAUCAUCAAGCAAGCGAUUGAAGACAGCAAACUCCCAAAAGACGUCCGGGGCUUGUUCGUCGGCAUUUCCGCGAUCUACCACGCGGCGGCGGCGUGUAAGUGCGACAACAAGAUUUUACCGAAAGCGGAAUUUCUCUCCCGCUUGAGCCAACAGCUGGAGCUCGAGGUGUUGCGGACUUCUGUCGGGAAUAAAACUACAAGCGUGAUGAAAUCGCCACUAACUGCGGUUGUUCAACAGCAAACCGAUAAUACUUUGAAGAAACCAGCAACCUCAAAUUUGAAUCCGAACUCGCUCUCCGAAAAGGAGCUCCGGAACAUCUCGAAUCUGCAACUCGUGCACACGUUUGUCUCGGAGGUGUUACACGAGUCGGCGUUCAUCGUGUGCAAGAGGAACUGGAAGGUCGCGGGGGAGGAUUACGUCGCGACCUGGUCCUUUGGAUUUUGGUUGACGAGUGUCAGGCAGAAAUCCUUCCGGAAACAAGGAUCGAAUUUGUCGGAGAUUUCGAGCUCGACCGCGCAGGCGGGGUAAUGGCGGUUGCAAUCGAAGAACACGGCAAAGAAAACCACAAGAGGAGAAAGAACGCUGCAGCUCUUGCACCAAAACAACAUCGACGCAUUAAGUAAGUUUUCGCACAGGCUUACACGAGGAAUUUCAGUUUCGAAGAAUGUUGAUAGCGAUGCCUUCAUCAAGAGAUAGAAGACUUUUUUUCAAAAUCGAUUUUUUGUAGAAUUGAACUAACAGAAUAAAUGUUUCGCUGGUUGAGAUCCCCUCCUUACCUACCACCAUACAAGAUUCGCCACCACUUUUGCAUGAGUACAGCUACGCCUUUUCGUGAAUCAGAGCCACAAUUAUUUCAACACAUAUCAUCUUGCCGAUCCACUUUUGUGUGACCCAUGGCAGCCUCCACAGCGUGAUAGAAGCAUUUGUUACAUGCAGUGCCGCUUUCGCUUUUCACGAGAAGGACGAACAAAAAUAACUAGUACAGAUCGUCUCUCUACGAAAAGAUAUGCGCGAACUUUCUUUGUCGAGAUGAAUAUCAGUAUCUUUAGC